CGCCUCGCGACCCUUCCGGGAAGCCUGAGGGCCCGCGUGUGCCCUAGUAACCUUUGUAAAUAGAAAACGAGGGUUGCCUCUGUGACCCCGACAUUGCUGAGAAAAGCAAACUCAGAAAGCCUGGCUUUAGGGGAUGGCAGAAAGAUUAGAGCAGCCAUUCUCAAAGUGUGGUUCUGAGGUCCUGCUAGACAUGUUCCACUUUCUGUCUCCAAGAGUUUGAACUCCUUUAAUAGAUUAUCAGAUGCAACAUGAUUCACUGACUCAACCUCCUGCUAGACCACUUUCAAUAUGAUGGACUGGACCUCCAAACUCUGAACCAAAAUAAACCCUUCCUUCGAUCCUUAACUUUCUUCUGUCAGUUCAUUGUGUCGGAGGAGCGCAGGAGAGAUGAAGAGUGGAUCAAGAAGACGAAGAGUGGAUGAAGAAUGGCUCUACUAGGAGGACGCCACAUGAGGGCAGGUCACAGCAGUGGUGAAAGGCUUUGUACCUUGAACAGGGGGCUUCUUACUCAUGGCAGAGGACUGAGUCAAAGAUCCCAGUACACCAAAAAUCAUGGACCCUUACACAUCAGUGAAGUUCGGGAUAAGUUACGGGAGAUAGUAGGAAUAUCCACAAACUGGAGAGACCAUGUGAAAGCAAUGGAGCAGAGGAAGUUACUUCAUAACCUGUUGGCUAAAUCACAGAAAGCUCUACCACCGAGGAAAAUGAAGGACAGUUUCAUCGAAGUUCUCCUACCUUUGGGUACUGAUCCUGAGCUGCGAGAUAAAUAUCUGACUGUUCAAAACACAGUAAGAUUCGGCCGGAUUCUUGAGGACCUUGACAGCUUAGGAGUUCUUGUUUGCUACAUGCACAACAGAAAUCAUUCUGCUAUGAUGUCUCCUUUAUCAAUAGUGACAGCCCUAGUGGACAAGAUUGAUAUGUGUAAACAGAGCUUAAGUCCUGAACAGGACAUUAAGUUCACUGGCCAUGUUAGCUGGGUUGGAAAGACAUCCAUGGAAGUGAAGAUGAAAAUGUUCCAGCUGCAAAAUAAUGAGGAUUAUUGGCCUGUUUUGGAUGCAACCUUUGUCAUGGUGGCUCGAGAUUCUGAAAAUAAAGGGCCGGCAUUUGUAAAUCCACUCAUCCCUGAAACUGCAGAAGAAGAAGAACUCUUUAGACAAGGAGAAUUGAACAAGGGACGAAGGAUUGCCUUUAGCUCGGCUUCAUUACUGAAAAUGGCUCCCAGUCCUGAGGAGAGGAAUACCAUACAUGAGAUGUUUCUUAACACACUGGAUCCAAAGACUAUAAGUUUUCAGAGUCGAAUUUUGCCGCCAAAGGCAGUGUGGAUGGAGAAUACAAAACUCAAGAGCUUGGAUAUUUGUCACCCUCAGGAGCGGAACAUUUUCAAUCGGAUCUUUGGUGGUUUUCUUAUGAGGAAAGCAUAUGAACUUGCGUGGGCUACUGCUUGUAGCUUUGGUGGUUCCCGGCCAUUUGUGGUAACCGUAGAUGAUAUCAUGUUUCAGAAACCCGUUGAAGUUGGCUCACUGCUCUUUCUUUCUUCACAGGUAUGCUUUACUCAGGACAAUUACAUUCAAGUCAGAGUACAUAGUGAAGUGGCCUCUCUUGAGAGUAAUGAACAUAUGACCACCAAUGUAUUUCAUUUUACAUUCAUGUCAGAAAAAGAAGUACCCUUGGUUUUCCCCAAAACAUAUGGAGAAUCCAUGUUGUAUUUAGAUGGACAUCGUCAUUUCAAGUCCAUGAGUGUCCCAGUGACCUUGAAAAAGGACUACCCUGUGGAACCCUAGGAAAAUCUCACUUGCUGCAAACCAGCAGUUCCUGCACAGUGGCAUAGUACCUAAUAAAGCCAUGCUGUAAAGUAUUGAUGUUUGUAUGGCUUUUCAUCCUCCAUAAAGGGGACUAUAUUCAGCUUUUAGAACCAUCAGAAAAGCAGAAUGAGUGGCUGGAUGGGGCUGAGGGAGUGAAAGAAUGAUUAAACAAUAAAUCCUUUUACAGUGCUGUGAA